AAGUGUUCCUAUAAUUUAUACUAACAUAUAAAUCUUAAAAGUCAAAUUUUUCUAUUCUAUUCGCUGUUUCUUAAGCAAAAAUUGCUGAUUUAUGUAAAAUAGACUGGAGUCAACAUUUAUUUAAAUCCAAAUUCCCGGCUGGCAACUCUAAAACUUAACAUAAGACAAGUGUCAAAAACGCGGGAUUUUGCAAGAAAUUUGUGGCCGGCGUUAUAAUGUGAAAUAGCUGUUUUGGUUAAUAUAUAAUAGGAAUUAGUCGUAUAUAUUUUUUUGUUAAUAUUUGAAUUACUAUCAAGACUUAUAAGUAAAGAAACUUUGUAAAUAUGAAUCGAUCGCUCGCAUCAUCAUCACCAGAUUAUCUGGAUGCUGCUGGCAACAUGUUAGAAAAAAUGGAUAUUAAGGACUUAGCAGCACCAACUUUACUUGAUGUGACGAAGAUUGCACAGCAUGGAAUGGCUACUGCAAGUGGUUUAAGCGAUUUUGAAUAUCAAAGUUUGGCAAACCUGGCAGGAGGGCAUAAACAAUUAACACAAGUAAAUAAUGUUACAAAAAUUCCGAUUCCUAACGAAAUAUUGGAUCACUUCAAACAUGUAAAAUGUCAAUGCAUGAUGGGUCUAUUUCCUGAGAUAGGACGAGCUUGGCUAACCAUUGAUUCUGAAUUAUAUAUAUGGUCCUAUGAACACACAAAGGAUGUUGCUUAUUAUGAUGGUCUUAACAGUACAAUCGUGAGCGUUGGUCUUGUAAAACCAAAGCCUAACAUAUUUAUAGCAGACGUUAAAUAUUUGCUUAUACUUACAACCCCCACGGAAAUUUUGGUUUUAGGUGUCACUUUUGGAGAUAGUGCUACAAGAUAUGCUUCGCCAGCAAGAAUUAAUUCGAAUCUACCAAAAACUGAGGAAAUACAAUUGCUCAGUAAACCAAUUUUCCACUUAGAUUCUGAGAAUGUGGCUAUUAAUGUUGUAGAGGGCACCGAAAAUGGACGAAUAUUUCUUGGUGGGCGGGAUGGGUAUUUGUAUGAGUUAAUAUAUCAAGCUGAAUCCAAUUGGUUUGGGAAACGUUGUAGGAUAGUUAACGUAUCGCAAAGUGUUAUGGCUUAUAUGGUACCCAACUUCCUAAAAGUGCUGACGCCAAAUGAUCCUGUAGUUCAAAUUGCUAUUGACGAUACACGGAACCUUUUAUAUAUGUUGACAGAAAAAGGAACAAUUGAAGCAUAUGAAUAUGGCUCAGAACCGAAUGCUAUUAGACGUUUUGCAAAAGUUUCACAACAUACAAUUGCACAACUAGCUGGAAACAUAGCGAAGACGGUGGAAUCUGAUAUAUUUAAACCUAUAGCAAGACUCUGUGUAUUAACUUAUAAUGAUUGUCCCGCCAUGAAUUUAGUUUUGAUCACAGAAACUGGUGCGCGUCUAUUUUUUUCUGUAAACCAACAGUGCCUCCAAGUAAAUGUGCAAGAUCAAAACUCUCCAGCAAAACCAAAUGUGUCUUCUUUGACAAUGCUGCAAACAACUCAUAUAUCACCUACUAAACGAAGCCCUAGCCCAACAAAAUUAGUUUCUAGUAGCACAACAGCGCACGGUAGACCUGCGUUGGGACUUUAUUUAGUGCAUGUGCGUUUACCGCCAGGAUAUACACCAAAUACAACGAUCAUUAAACCAAAACUCGUGCAUGCUGCACAUUAUAGUGAAGGAAAUUUGCUACUGGUGUCUACUACACAACAGAAUCAAGAUUUAUUAUGGACCGUAAGUUCUGCACCAUUCCUAAAUCGUCCAUUUUUUGCCGAAGCGAUUGAAAUUGUCGCUAUGGAAGGUGUGAUAUGGAAAAUAGCAAAUAUACCAACUAGAUCAAAUGUGAAUUCUGUUUUGCGUAAAUCUCAACAGCCUAGUAGAAUGGUGCUACUUUCAAAUCAAGGAGCGCAUCUUAUUGAAUUGUUAAAGUCUGCAGAUAUUUUGCAACAAUUACUAACAGCAUAUCGUGGGCCGCAUCAUACGUGCAUUAAAUCAUUUUUUCAAGCGCAAACUGAUAUUGAAGCAUGUAUAACAUGUUUAAUACUAGCUACAUCUGAACAGUACCGCGGCUCUGAAAUUGCGAUGUGGGCUACACAGGCUUUUCUACUUUAUGGUGGUGAUCCUACAUAUCAAAGACGACUACAAGCACCUCAUAAUGGUAACAUUGACGGCGCGCAUCAACAAAUGGUUAUGUCCACACCCAUUCCAAAUCAACCAAUGGCUUCGUUUAGCCAUGUAGGUUCGCAAACGCAUUUGCAAAUGUCACAAUAUCCACUAAGUCCAGUAAAUCCGUUAACACUAAAUGCGACUUAUAAUAAUAGCAAUGAUUCAACUAAUAUAAUAUUUUCUGCUAAACAUGACAGUCUUUAUAUAUAUGCAGCAAGAUCACUUCGGCCUGUCCUAAAGAAACGGUGCGUUGAUAGUGAUUUAUCUAGCACGGUAAAUCUUGAGGAUUGCACGAUGGUACUCGAGGAUUUGAAUGCAUUAAAAAUAUUUUUAGAAACAACAUCCAUAAAUGAUUUAUAUUGUAAUACAACAUUUGGUUUUAGUAAUCAAGGCAUAAUUCAAAAUGGUUACAAUCAAAUGAUGCAUACACCAAGUUUUCAAAAUCAGAACGAACAGAGAUCCGUAGCUGAACAUCUACAGUUGGAAGAAAAACGAUCGGUCACCGCAUUAGUUCAUUUUAUAAGGCACGCUUGUGAAGUUGUGGCAUUGUGGAAAGUCUUAUGCGAAAAUCCAUUUGUCCAAUUAGCUGAUUAUCUUAAUCCAGAACAGAAAACUAUCUUAACAUCUUGCACGUUCUACGACCUGAUAUUAUCACGUGGAGAGAUUUGUGGUCAACUAAUAAUUGCUUUGGUAAAUUCGUAUAUUAAGGACCAAGCAUGUGUUGGUAACAUAUCGGCAAAGCUGCGUGAAGUGUGUCCGACUUUAUAUCGACAUGAAGAUGCCGUUUCAUUCAAAGCCACGGAAAUGAUGAUGGAAGCUAAAAAUUGCAUUUAUCCGCAGCAAAAAAUGCAGAUAAUGCAAAAUGCAUUAAAUUUAUGCAAGGAAACUGCACCUAAUAUACCUUUGCACGCCAUAUGCCAACAGUUUGUUUCAGCGAGAUUUUUUGAUGGAGUUAUCGAUCUAUCAUUCACCUGUGCCACAAAAUGUGAUCCUGAAGAAUAUGGUAUACAUUUUUAUAAGAAUGAUGAACCAGCUGAUGAUAAUGAGGGUUAUACGUAUUUUGCAAAAAGAAUAAAUUGCUACAAAGAAGUACGUGAAAUGUUGGAAAAACUUUAUGAAGAUCAAGGUGGCACCUUUAAAGGUAUAGAAGAAAAAGAAGAUGGCACACUAAUAACUGACGAAAUUUCAAAGAUUGUAAAUCAAUCGAUACAUAUAAAAGAUCCGCUAUUACAUAUCACAAUCUAUGAAUGGCUUAUGUCUCAUGACUUGACAUCAGUGUUAUUAUCACUAAUGGAACCAUCUUUAGGAGACUACUUACGACGGAAUGUAUUGCGUUUUCCUGAUAACUAUAAAGUAAUCGAUUUAUUAUGGAAAUACUAUGAAAAGAAUAAACAUCAUGCCCAGGCGGCAAAAAUUCUGGACAAUUUGGCAUCCAUGGAAACUGAUGCUAUACCUCUAGAUAAAAGAAUUGAAUAUCUGGCACGUGCUGUCAUGUGUAUGCGAAAUGACACUAUAGGAUACUCAAUGCAGAACGGUUUGCUGUUGAAAGACGUAGAGGAUAGGAUGGACAUAGCACGAGUACAAAAAUUCAUUCUUAAUUCUAUUUCUGCAAUUACACCUCAAACCACCGUAACUGACAGAGCUAUUCAAGAUCUGAAUAAUAAACUUUUUGACAUAACUGAUCUCUAUCAACAAUUUGCAGAACCAUUUGAGCUGUGGGAGUGCAAGCUCACCAUACUCAAUUGCUCACACCACAACGAUACAUUGUUAAUAGAGUCCGUAUGGCAAAAGAUUAUCAGCAAUACCAUACAAGGUUGCAGUACCUCAACAGAACGCGUCACGCGAUUGUUCACAAAAAUCGAGACACUUGUUAAAGAAUUUAGUCAAUCGGGCAAUUGUUUUCCGCUUGCAUUCAUCAUCCACGAAUUAGAAAAAACCGCAUGCGUAUACAAUAUGCCGGAAGCCAUAGUCCCAGAAAAACUGUUGGCAAUGGAUAUUGACAUUGAAAUUAUGUUGGAAUAUUAUUACAGAAUGAUAAUAAUGAACGAGCGCACUUGGACACAAGAGGGUAACGAAUGGCAUUUAGUGGAAUCUUGCAUACUUUUAACCAGAACGUUGGCCGAUACUGUGGAAACACUGUGGUGUCGUUCAAAACGCCGUAUAAUUGGAAAAGCGCUUGAUAUUAUUUCCUCUUGUCUCAAUUUAUGUUACCAGAAGCCUAGUACCGAAAGCAUGCAACAAGCACUGAAACAAAUACAAUGUCGACUUCAACGUAGCCUUUAA